AUGGUCCACUUCAAGCCCCUCUUCGUGGCCCUGGCCGCCGUCUCGACAGUCGUCGCCAGACCUCCUUGCAGACCCGACACCACGGCACCCACCAUGAGCGCCACGACAACCGCCGAAGAGACUACCAGCACUGAAACUUCUACUACCGAGACGUAUGCCACCGAAACUUCUACCACUAUCGUUUCUACCACAACCACUAACGAUGAAACUUUUACCACUGCUGCUCCUACCACCACGACCACCGAGUCUGAUGUUUCCACCACAUCUACCGCUCCAGAGACCACCACCUCGGCCCCUGCUCCCGUCUGUGGCGUCACCGGCUACUUCGUACCUGGUCAUGACAUGACCUACCUUUACUCUCCUGGAUACAAGCUGAGCGCCAAAGAGUGUCUCGAGGGGUGCGCUGCUUACAGCGGCUGCGAGGUCAUUGCCUUUUACUACACCGGCAGCUCCAUCGGCCGUUGCGAAUACUUCAAGGGGCCUCUUAUUACCGAUGGAGAACCCACCCCGUACAAGUGGUACGACGUCGGCUGCCUGGCUGAGAUGUAG